AUGUAUGGUGGUGCUUGGUUUGGAGGGGCAGUGCUUCUCACGCAGUUGAUACUGUGCCAUAUCCCUCAAAUUGGUGCAUCGGAAGCAAAUCGUGGAACACCGCUCGAACCAAGGUCGUUUGCGAAUAGUACAUUCGACUACGUGAUUGUAGGUGGUGGGUUGACCGGACUUGUUGUUGCUAGUCGUCUCACCGAAGACCCUAAUAAGAAUGUAUUGGUGGUUGAGAAUGGCUAUAUUGAAAGAGGCUAUUUGGCAGAUGUUCCAUAUGCCACCAUAGGAUUAAAUAGAAUAUAUAUGUGGAAUAUUACGUCGGCACCUGUUGAGAACCUCGACAACAAGACCUUUUUCGUCACUGUCGGGAAUGCCGUCGGAGGAGGCUCCCAGGUUAAUGGAAUGGCGUGUACUCGUGGUUCUAAAGGGGACUACGAUGCCUGGGAGCAACUUGGCAAUCCUGGAUGGGGCUGGGAUGGGCUCUUCCCAUAUUUCUUGAAAAGUACGAAUUUUACACCGCCAUUGCCAGAGAUUAUUGAUGAAUACGGCGUGACGUGGAACGAAUCGGCAUGGGGUAAUGAUGGACCAAUUCAAGUCAGCCACACGAGCACCUUCUUUGAGGAUACUAAACCUAUCAGAAAAUCAUGGAUAGACCAAGGUGUGCCCGAAUUGGUGGAAGGCGCUGAUGGAGAUAGCCUGGGGUUAUUUUGGCUCCCUACAAACCUGGAUAGUCGCAAUGGCACGAGGUCUUUCGCACGAUCAGCUUACUUCGACCCGGCUGUUGCUCGUCCAAAUCUCCAUCUUCUUACGGGACACAAGGCCAUUGAAAUACUAUUCGAAAAGGGGAACCUCGAAGCCACCGGAGUACGGAUACAAUCAAGGGCCAAUGAUUCCAUCAUCAAAGUUUCUGCGAGUAAAGAGGUCAUAUUAGCAGCUGGUGCGAUAUUUACACCCCAUCUACUGCAACGCAGUGGACUGGGCCCAAAAGAUGUCCUUGAAAGCGCAGAUGUAAUAGUCAAAAAGGAUAUCUCAGCUAUUGGAGCGAAUUUUCAGGAUCAUCCAACGGUGUAUAUGUCUUAUAAUGUCACCAACCUCACGUCUCCUAACCCCUCAUCAUUGGAUACAAAUACAACCUACAAUGGCACGGCCUGGGAGCAAUAUCUCGUGAACCAUACGGGUCCUUACACAGGCGGGCGGGUUAGCUUCAACGGGAACAGCUUGAUGUUCCUUCCACUUUCGGGUGUGGUGAACAAGUACGAGGAGCUAACAGAUGAUAUUGGUUCUCAAAACGCGGUCGACUUUCUGCCCUCACUUUAUGCCCAGAGCCAACCACUUCUCAGAGGAUUUGAGUUACAACGGAAGAUCGUGAGUGAGCUCUUUUUACAUAAUAAGUCCGCUUGCUGCGAAAUAUUCCCAUCCAUCACUGGUGGAGCAGGCGUAGCUCUCCAGAAGCCUCUUUCCCGGGGUACUGUUACCCUUGACCCGUCCGAUCUUGAUGCACCUCCAGUAAUCCGCUACAAUACUCUGGCAAACCCCAUUGACGCCGCAACUGUGGUGGCAAUGGUGCGAUUCCAACGAGAGCACUGGUCCCGGCCACAACUCGCCCGAUAUUCCCCAGUCGAAACGGUCCCCGGUGCUCAGUACCAGACUGACGAGGAAAUUCUGGAAGCCCUCGUAUCCACAGGGACUAUUGCUCCUAGCUUGGCCCAUCCAAGUGGCACAUGUGCCAUGAUGCCGGAAGACCUAGGAGGCUGCGUCGGACCGAAUCUUCUUGUGUACGGAACCAAGAGGCUGUCAAUCGUGGACGCAUCUAUUCUACCGCUCAUUCCAGGCACACAUCUGCAAAUGACCAUGUAUGCGGUGGCGGAAAAAGCCGCAGACAUCAUCAAAAGCAGGUCUUGA